AUUAAAUUGUACCAUGGGAUGUCCAAAAAGAAUCACCGUUUCCCUCCUGUCUUUUCUGGGUUUCCUAAUCAUCUAUGGAUAUAGGACUGUUAUCACCAUAAUAAUGAUCUACGUCAUAAAAGACAACGACAAUAAUAAGGCAACAUUAUUUAAAGAGUGCACCAUCAAUGGAACAGCGUUUGACCUCCAAUUAGAUUGGAGUGUAGCCAUUUCCCAGUACUUUAAUACCGCCUAUUUUAUGGGACAAGUCAUCUCCCAGCUACCAGGAGGAAUCCUAGCUGCCCGAUUCUCUCCAACAAAACUGUUUGGUGGUGCAAUAUUUAUCAGCGGAGGCUGUUUCUGGGUUUUAGCAUUUUUAAUGAAGUAUAGUCCAGUCGUAGUGUUUGUAACCAGAUUUAUACAAGGCCUUGUAGAGGGUGUUUGUCUUCCUUCCAUGAGUUCUGUGAUGUCCGCUUGGGCUCCAAAGUCGGAACGAACUAGAAUUGUGGGAUUCUCAUACUCAGGUAUCUACUUAAGUAUCACAGUAGCUUCUAUGAUAACCGGUGCCACAACGUGUUACGUCAGCUGGAAUGCUGGAUUCUUUAUUUACGGUAGUUUAAGCAUCACGUGGUCACUGUUUUGGCUCUGUACAAUUUACGACAGUCCAACACUUCAUCCCUCUUUAGACAAAAAAGAAAGUUGCAUUUUCGAGGAAGAAGGUUCUCAUAUUCAAGUUGCAUCUGCAGCUGUGGCUAAAAACGUUCCUUGGACACGAAUCUUCACAUCCCCUCCUGUUUGGGUAUUAUUCCUCCUUAAUUUUACACGGUCUUGGGUUCUUGCUACAAUGAUGACUGAAAUACCUCAGUACUUCGCUGAUGUCUUUGGACUCAACGUGGCAUCGAUUGGAUUCCUAACAGGUUUUCCUCCAAUUCUGAUGGCCGUUUCUAUGAUAUCUAGUGGGAUCUUUUUCGACAAAUUAAUCAAAAGAGGAAAAAUAUCAGUCACUUUUGGUCGAAAAUUGGCAAUUUCAAUCGGGUUUGGAUCUGAGGCUGUCGUCAUCUUAGUUUUGGGUUUUGUCAGAAGUUAUGCUGUAGCGAGUUUCCUAUUAAUAAUAGGGGAAGGACUGGCGGGCCUUGGAACUGCAGGUUAUCAGGUAAAUCCAGUAGACUUGGCACCUCAAUAUUCCAGUGUUCUGGUGGGGCUAGUGAGACUAGGUUUGUUAGGUGCUACCAUAAGUACAGCCAUGGCUGGAGCCCUCAGACAAAAGAAUGCAGAGUCUUGGACACGGAUAUUGGUAAUUACAGGAUCAAUACAUUUGUUUGCUGUGGUAUGUUUUGCUGUAUUUGGAUCUGGAAAAGAACAAGAAUGGGCCAAGUCAGCGUAUACCCAGAUAAAAACGCCAGAAAAAGAAUACAUAAGUACAUACGGAUCUACCUCAGACACCCCACAAAUUAAAACAGAUACGAGUGGAAUAAAAUACAAUAACGAUCAAAAAGGCAAUGUAACUAUUCUAAACAUUUCCAAUCAACAAGAACAAAGUAAAAAGUAG